UCAGUUUCAGUUCGGUUGAUUCGGUUUGACUUGGUUCGGUUUGAUUUUUUUGCCCACCCCUCAAUGAAAGGAUGAAUGAUUAGUUCUUUAUAAUUUCGGUUAUCAUUUUAUAAUGCUGAGUAGUUGUCACGUUGACUGAAUAUUGAUUGAUAAAACCAUAUAUUCUGGUUCAAUUAAUCAUUUAGAAUGAUUUAUUUCCAUUAAUAUUUUUAAUUCUGACCUUGAAGUUUGGUUAUAUAGAUUAAUAUGGAAAAUAAUCAAUCAUUUAUGUGACGCUAAACAGAUUUGUCCCAUGGAAACAAAUAAAACUUUGUGUGGUGGCUUUACCAGAUAUAGAGCAAGUGAGAAACACGCAUCAACGGAGGCCACAUUGAUUUACGAAAACGACACGCAGGUCAUGGGGCUUGAUUAGGAUGCUAACGCAGCUUUGUUCCCACACAAUCGUUACCACAAUCAUUACGACCGGACGCAGUCGUCAGUCGUCACAAACAAAACAUCAGUACAUCACGCCUGGACGUGGUUGAUUAGUCUUGAACUCUUGAUUACGAGUUUAAGUGCAUGCAUUAGUAUUUUUAUAUUCUUAGUUCAAAUUAACUUUGAGGGGGGAAAUGUUUUACACCAUGUUAUCGGACUUUUAGCUAUAGUAAACUAGUGAUUUUUUUAAUGCAGUUUUAGCUCUGAAAGUGACAACUAAAACGAUCAGAAUUACAUCUUAGAAACUGAUAAAAAUUUGUAAAAAAUACUCCAUAUGUUUUUAUUAUAUAGUUUUUAGUAUUUUAUUGUAUUUGAAAAUAUCAAAUAUUAUAUUUUAAGUUUUGUUAUAUAAAAUGAUUUUUAAAUAAGGUAGAGCAUUUCCAACUUAUUUUUAAAUAAGUACAUUAAGAUGCUUUUAGUACUUUUAUUCCGAUUUUCCUGUAAAAAAUAUGGCUUGCAAAGACAUAGCUUAUAGACACUCGUUGAUUCAUUCUUUAAAAUUCAAAUCAAUCAAUGGACAGCAUAUCUUUUUCACCUGUUGUGUAGUUUUCUACUAUAAAAAGUGUAUAAAUUAGUAGAAAAUUCGAUCGCAGUAGUUAGUGCAGCGCAUGCAGAUCCUAUAAAUACGAAAUUAAACAUAAUUUAAUGUUUCUAUUAAAUUUUGUGAUAAAAGGCCGCAUGCAUUGACUUGACUCUUUCAGUCUUGUCCUGCUUACUAAACCCUCAACUGCAUCAAGCCAACCAUAACUGCUAACUUUACGAGUUUGCAUUUGGUUAGACGUUGAUGAUUUACCAUCAUUUGAGUUGCGUUUGUUACCAGUAAAACUUUUUCUAGAAGGAUAAUACAAUGUUGGCUACACGUACGUAAAUACAAUAUACUUUUUGAUGCGAAAUUAGACAGUUGAUGAUGUUAUAAUUAAUUAUUUUUGUUUUAAUAUUGUAUGAAAAUUGUGUGCGUGGGUUGUAUGUUUGUCAACUGAAAUUGUUUAUUGUUGGAAUUUUCUGCAUAAAUUAUAAAGAUUAACAUAAAAUAACAUAUAUAAAAAUCCAUUCACCAUCAGUUAGCUUUAAGUUGACAAUCCAAAAUAUUUACGUUUACAUAUUUGUGUUUGCGAUGUAAGUUUUCUUGUUAUAUUUAUUUCGAUUGACAGUGGACUUUUUUAACAAACCUUUUCAUUUUGUUUUGGCAGUUGUUAAUUUUUGUAUAACACUUUAAUUUGAAUAGAGCGUGAAUAGCCAACUUUGAAUAAAACGUGAUUACAAACAAUAUAUGGAAGAGGGACAACCAAAAUAUUUGUGUAGUGCUGUAUAAAGUUUAUAGCUAAGAAAAAGAAGAAGACGAGGCAUAACUACGGACGUGAAAUGAAGAUGGAGAGGUUACAAGGAAUCAUGAAAAAUGAAGUUGAUGCUAUAAUUGUUUCGACAAAGUUUUAAUGGAACACGGAUCCGAUGGUGGAGAGAAUCAUAUUUGAAAGGAACCAUUUGCAACUUUUUUUUCUUGUUAAUUGUGUGUGAAUGUAUUUUUCUUUUCUUUUUUACCAAUUCUGCUUUGAUAUUAGGUAGAAGUUUAUUUAUUUUUAUAGAAUGUCAUCGUUUGUAACCCAGUCUGAAAGGAAUUGUUAGUAACGUUUGGAAGAAGUAAACCGAAUCCGGAUAGUAAUAACACAUUCACACUUCAACAAAAUGGUGAUGUGUGGAUUGCGUGAGCAACAUAUGCACAUGAUUUAAGAUAAAAUUUUCCUUAGUCAUUUGUAUUUCAUAUAGUGGGUUUCUACUUAUUUACAAAUUGACUUGGUUCAGCCGAUUAAAAUGAAUAUGAAUGAAUGAAGUUACUCAUCAGCAUAGUUUCAAAAAAAAAAAAAAAAGUUACUCAUCAGAUUCGUAACACAAAUCAGUGUUUUCCUCCGGAUAGAUUUUAAUCUCUAAAUAUAUCGAUCACUGUAUACACUAAUACACAUUUGUGUUAGACCACCUCCAAUGAAAAUUCAUAUACAUAAUACAUAUCUUAAGAGUUCUAAUGGGAAGAACCCCAUUGGAGUUGCAAAAUAGAACGGUCACGAUGUCGACAAGCUGAAUCCGCUAUCCAAUCCAACGGCUCAAAGUCCACGAAACACGCGACCAAGUGGUACUCCCUUUUACACCUGAUUUAUAUUAGUUUAAUGAUAAACAACAAGAGGAUGGUUCGUUGGCCCUUCAUGUUUUUAAUUAAAUUCAAAUUUAUUCACAACCACCAUUGAAAAAGUCUCCUGCAAGGAAAGGAUGGUUCUCGUGUAUAGUAUAUAUACAUGUUUCCACUCUCUUCUCUACUCAAACCAUCCCGUCAUCGACCAAAUCACCUUCUUCUUCUCUCUCUAUUUCCUUUGUUCUCGCGAAUUUAAACCUCACAAGAAGUUCAAAAUACAUUUAAACAUAAAUGGCCAAUCCUAGUGAAGUAUCUUCUGCACUUUGGUUCAUCGAGAAGCAUCUUCUUGACGUGGUUUCUCCAGUGGCUAAAGAUUGUUGGAUGGUACACGAAUCAGCAGCAAAUGAAUCUAGCUCUGAUUCUUCUCCUAUGAUCUUCGGACCAUCCUCAGAGAUCAAACCUGAAAUCAUCGAUCUCUCGACGCCGAGAUUCAUGGAUUUGAUUUCGACUCCAUUUGAAUUCGACACGGCCGUUUGUUCUGUUUCUGAUUUCGAUUUUAAACCAACUUUUCAAACCGGAAAUCAAUUUGAACCGGAAUUCAAAACUCAAACCCCGUGUGCCUCAGACGAUUCCCAUUCAAACCGUAAACCGCCACUGAAGAUCUCCGUACCAACCAAAACCGAAUGGAUUCAAUUCAAUCCGCAACCGGAAGUUACCAAACCGGUUCAACCGGACGCGGAAGAGCAAAGGCAUUACAGAGGAGUGAGACAAAGGCCCUGGGGGAAAUUCGCGUCGGAGAUUCGAGACCCGAACAAACGCGGAUCUCGCAUUUGGCUCGGGACGUUUGAUACCGCGAUUGAAGCGGCUAGAGCUUACGACGAAGCGGCGUUUAGGCUUCGAGGAUCGAAAGCCAUUCUGAAUUUCCCGCUCGAGGUCGGGAAGUGGAAGUCACGCUCCGACGCCGACGGUGAGAAGAAACGGAAGAGAGAGGAAAACGACGACGAGGAUGUGGCGGUGGUAGAGAAAGCGUUGAAGACGGAACAAAGCGUUGACGGGAAAGAGGCUUUUAACUUGACGGAGUUCUGCGAAUGGGACGUAACGGGGUUACUUAACUUUCCGCUUUUGUCGCCGUUAUCUCCUCAUCCAUCGUUUGGGUAUUCGCAGUUGACCGUUGUUUGAGUUCUUUUUUACUGUGUGCAUGCCAACGUGGACUUAUGAUACACGUAGGUGCAUGAGUUUAAAAAGCAUAUACGUCAGUUUGACAAAAAAAAAAACGUCAAUACAUGUGUUCAUGUCUUUGGCUUAUUUAUAUUUGUUCAUUCUUUUUCACACUACAUUAAUACGAUGUUAUACCAAAUUUACAAGUUUGCGUUAUUUUAUACUCCACUAGAAGAACUCAGAAUAAUUGAACCUACGAGGCACUAUAAUAUCAUUUAAUGCCAUUCACAUUGAGGAGCAUGGUUAGAAAUUAGAACCUACUAAAGUAAUUAGAAUUCAAAGUUGUAAAUUUGACCGGCGUAUGUUGAUUUGUAGACAUAAUAAAUGCAUGACCAUGAUUCUGUCCGAACAAUUAACAAAUAAAUUGUUUUGAUGAGUCGAUUCAGUUUCUUGUGGGAUACUGACAUACUGUAAUGGUAAGCUAGUCAGAACGUUGCAGUUGCAUGUGCGAGACCUCUGCGUUAUAAGUAAAAAUUUAUAUAAAAUAUAAGUAAAAAUAAUAAAAAAUAGAAAUAAAAUAUUAUUUUUUAAAUGUGAGAUUUUGUAUUAACAAUUGAUUUUAGUAAAUUAUGAUUGAUUAUAGUCAAAAUAUUAGUGAUAGAUUAACAAAUAUUGCUUACAACUAACUUCAUAAAAAUUAUCUUUAAUAAUUAUUAAUAGAGUUAAAUUAGUAUACAAAAUUUGGAUAAUAUUUUCUUUUUAUAUAUAUAUAUACUUAUAUAUGAUAUAUGGAAAAAAUGAAAAUAUGUUGGUCAAGGUUUGCUUAGGGCAUCUAAACGUAGUGCUACAUAGACGACAUGCGUUCAUAUUUGUUCAUUCUUUUUUUUUUAACUUCGAUUGUUCAUUCUUUUUCAUACUACAAUAAUACGAAGUUAUUUCAUUCAAUGAAGACCAAAGAAUCGAGUUUUGCGUUAUUUGUACAAAUGAAUAUCCCAUGAUUCCCAUCAUUUAGUGCCAUUCCGGUUGAAGAACUAACCAACUAAAAAUAAUUACAAUUCAAGCCUCCAAUUUUGACCGAGGUAUGAAGAUUUUGUAGACACAUAAAUGAACGACCCUGAUUCUGUCGGAACAAUUCGCAGACAACUAAUUUGAUGAUUGGGAUAAAAAUAAUGGAAAAGCAGGUCAAAACGACCAUGGCGAUGGCAUGUGCGUAGAAACCUUACAUGGCGAAAGUGAAAGCCAUUUAUCCUGAAGAAUACUUCUUCCACGGCCAUAUAUCUAUGGCCGUUUAGUACUAUUUUAGAUAUGAACAGGGCGAAUCUAGAACAAAAUUCAAUUGGGUGCAUUGUUGUUAUAAAACUAUAAAAGUGACACAAUGAAGAAUUGAGCUAAGUUGAUUAUGGGUGCACAACCCAUUUUUUACCAUCUCAUCCAGCUAAGUUUUUAAUAAUUCUAUACACAAAAGAUUACAUAUUAAUAAAACUAUGGGUGCACGUGCCCACAUUCCCAUUAACCUGUCUACGCCCCUCAUAUGAAUCUAUUAACGAUGAACUUCAUCUCCUUCCCUUUUCCCUGUUUUUGUUCCUAUAAUCAACCCAUGAAUGUUGGUGGGUCUACUCAUAGGCAUUAGUACGCUCUCUUUAAUGGGCCUUGGGUUAUUCAUACAUUUAUAUAAAGUUUGAAUGAUGCGCUCAUAUUGUUUCUUUUAUAAAUUGUAGAAGUGCUACUAAAUAUAGGUUUCAAACCAACCUAUCUUAAUAGUAUAUUUAAUUUAAUCAGGUUGUUAGUUGAAUGUUUGAAACCCAAUUCUUUUUUGGUUCAAAUUCAUCAAUUAACAAAAGGAGUAUUUACAUGAGUGGGAUUAAAUAAUGGAUGCUACUACAAUGUUUGCCGGAUAACACGGGAGAUUUAAAUUGGUAAAAUAGAGCAUGGAUCGCUAUAAACAUUUUCAAAAGUAAAAAUAUAUGUUUUUCAUGAACUCCAGAGAUUUGUAUAUGUUUUGGCUUGGGAAUUUUGUAUAUAUUGGGAUCCACAUGAACAUUUUGCUCGAGUUGUUGACAAACGACAAUUAAGCUUUACUCAGUUUUUAGUGGUUUGUUAGUUUGAUUUGUACUUACUACUCAUAAGUAAAAUAGUCUCUUUUACUCUUUUAUAUAACCAACAAUAUGUUAUGUUUGCAAUAAAAUAACAUUAGUAUCAGGCCCUGUUCGAAAACGCGCCCGCCUGGCCGAGAACUCGUCCGAUUAAAGGGUCAUCGGAAGGUCACCGUGGCGUAGAGGUGAAAUCGGUGGGUUUAGGCGGCGAAUUGAAAACUCAGGCAAAAGAUCGAAAUUUUGGGUGAUAAAUCAUAGUUUAUGUUAUAGAUCUAUCAUACUCCUAUAAAACCCACAAGAAUCGCUUGCAAAAUCUCUAAAAUCGUGAAAAAAA